AUGGACAUGGUUCAGGAUAUGGCUGGCUAUGGGGUUAACGCGGCCGUGGGCGAGACGGGCGAAGUGGAAGAAGAGGCAGGAUUACGGGGAGAUUGCGAAGGGGGGCGGCAGCGGCUAACAACGGAAAUGGCAACGACAAGGAGGAAACGCCCCUCUAGAAGCUCCUCAAAGAAACUCAAAGGGUCUCGGACCGCAGGGUUGAUGAGAAAACUAUCGAGCCGCAAACCAAGCUCAUCUCCCAACCUCGAAAAGCUAGGCAAGAUGGGCCCCAAGAGCAAGACCAUUGCCAUGCCAGACGCCUCCCAGACCUCGUCGACAAGCACUACUCCCCCGGGGAAAGGCGAACCACACUCCCAGUCGGCUACUAACCUGCAAAACGGCGUCUCUUUUGCCGACUCCGAGCCCGGCGGACAAGCGGUCAUCUUCAAACCCUCCGACCCACUUCGCAUCCCGAAUAGCGAUAUCAACAUCUCGGUCGAGCGGCGGAACCGCGCCCCCGCCAGUGUCGAGGGAGAAGCGGAGGUUGCCCCGGGGGUGGCCAUCAACGAACCCGGAGAGGACAGCCCCGUGCCACAGAUGCAGGCGGCUGACUGGAAGGGGGGCAAUGACGAGGACCCCACGGCUGACAAGCACCUUGGCUUGAGGAUGGAGGACCCUGACAGCCAAGGGGUAAGCAAGGCGAGCAGCGUGAAGAGUUUGGAGGUUGAGGAGACUGGCGGCAGUGUGGCAACGGGAGAGAAGGAUGGUGAUGACCAAGCCUCCAUUGAAGGUGUCAAGAUUAGUGGCCCGACGGGGGAGGAGGUCUUGGAUGCACUGGAUGAGGCCGUAUCUGGGAAUGGUCAGGGAUCAGGUUGUCAGCCAAAGGUUAAGGGCCGCGAUCCUGCCAUUCUCUAA